AGCUCAGACCUCCCAGAGCCCAGCGAGCUCCACAGCUUUGAUGGAGAUCAGCCGGAGAGCGACCGGACGGAGACGCAGGAGAAGCCACGGGACAUCAGUGACGGCUCGCUCGCUGAUGACGAGGACGAUGGAGAACAGCUCCAGGACGCCUGGUGUCCAGAGAAAGCCGCGCAGGCGUUCACACCGAACGUGAUGAUCGUGCAGCCGACGGGACACGAGGACGUCCAGAAGCACAUCGAGAUGGAGAAGAUUCCUCUGUAUGUGCACAGCUUCCACACGAACCCUCCUGAACACUUCCACCCGCCGUGGAUCGAUGACAUAGACAAACCCCAAAACAGUUGUGUGGACGCUAUGCGAUUGUGUGUUUGUGUAACGGCUGCCGCGGUGUUUUUCCCGUUACUAACAUGGGGAGGAUACAAGCUCCUCCCCUUUGAUGCCCCUCCCCUCGACAGCUCCGCCCUCAGACUGAUCUACACACUGCGCUGUGCAUUCUUUGCCAUCAUUCCCAUCGUGCUGGGAGUGCUGGUUCAGGGUGUGUCUCGUGUGAGGUUCGGGACGCUGAAGCCUCUGUUUGACGGGACGUGGGAGAAUCGUGAGGUGGUUGUUCACCAUCAUUUCGUGCGAGACUCGCUGCACCUGUACCUGCUCUACUUCCUGCAGCUCGCGGUCAUGGCAACGUACACCCAACAGGAAAUGCUCAAACUGGUGCCGCUCCUCACCAUCAUCUUCGUCCUCGGCAGGUUGAUCUACUGGGUGUGUGUUGUGUUCGGCAGCAGUGUACGAGCGUUUGGAUUCGCUCUCUCCUUCCUGCCUCUGCUUGUUCUGCUGGGCGCAAACCUUUAUUUCAUUGGCUCAGUGAGCGGACAGGAGGCGGUGUUUCAUUUGGCCCCGCCCCCAACAGCUCCGCCCCCUAAACAGAGGUGGUGGGGCUGAAAACCACUUCUGAAUAAAAAGUGAGUGCUUUACCGCAGACUUCACAUCCAUCCAUCCAGAAGAUCAAAACAUAAAGACUGAAUGAAAGACUCCGCUCGCACUGAAAGGAAGAGAGGAUGAAUGAGACGAAACUCAAUGUGUGUCAUGAGACAAAACCAGUUUGACUGCUGCAAACGCUCCCGAUUCAGCCUUUCAGGAAAUCUGACCUGAGUAGUGACUCACUAUGACUUCACACA